AUGGGUGCACUUUUAGAUGGAAAUAAAUAUGUUCAUGUAUUACUUCUUGGAACUUCAGAUGUUGGUAAAACCAAAUUCUUAUAUGAAGGAUUGAUUUAAAAUAGUAUUUAAUAUAAUUAAUAAAUAAGAAUACAAAGAUCCUCCUUAUAAACCUACAGAAGGUUAUAACAUGGAAUGUAUGAAAUAUGAAUAAACUACUUAUGCAUUAUGGGAUUUGGCAGCUUCACCAGAAGUAAUACAAAAUAUAAAUAAUGUUUAGUUCAUGACUCUUUGGCAUGUGUUUUAUUAAUUUAUUCCAUUUAAAGUCACAAUCUUUGUUGUUAGAGUAAUUAAAGGAACAAAAGCUUAAAGAUCAAAACACUUUGAUAGUAUGGGGUAAUCUAGAUAAUUAUUACAUCGUUUGAUGACUCUAGAAGUAUUUUAAACUAAACCUUUACUUCUUUUAGUGAAUGUGAAAAUUAAUAAAAUUCUAGAUUGAAAAAGAUCAAUAAGGAAAUAAAUAAGAUGCACUUAAUGAAGCUAAGGCUUGUUUAAACUGGGAUGCCAUUAAAGUCAGAGAUAAAUAAGCAAUCGUGCUUGAUGUCAAUGCUUAUUUAGAUCAUGAAUAAGUAUUAAUGGCUAUGGAUAAAAUGUAUAAAAAAGCUGAAGAAGAAGAUAGUAACUAAAAAGAAUGA